AUGGCGGUGCAGAUGUUCCGGCCGCCGGACUCACCACGCGCGUGUGAUUUUGCCGAUGCAGGAAGAUCAAAUGCAAUAGGGCCAGGCUGCAUCAAUGAGGAUGUCGUCAGGAGCGCUGCCGCGCGUGCUGGCCGGGAUGUCGCUAGCGACCUCGUUGCUGCGGGUGUUACCCACUCCGAGGCAUCAUGGGGCUCGAGCUCAGACUCGGGACCAAGUAGCAGCGACAGCAUCAAGACAGCUCCACUGCUGGCUUCCGUCAGGUUCUUCGCACCGAUGAUGCAUCGCUCAACCAAGCAGUUCGUGUGCAUGGCGAGAAUACCAGCCGGGCCCCCUGACGCCAACGCAGCAACGCAGAAAUUGGUAGAGCUCCCUUUCAGCAUCAGCUUAAAGCAUAACCCGAAAGCCGUAGAAAACGCAGAGACAGCCAAGCCAGCAGCAGUGUACGGCAAGCGCCUGUGA